CAAGAGUGUCCUACAAGAGUGUCAUUUGGACAUAUGUAGCUUUUCGAAUGUGCUUGCAUUCGGGUUCGUGGGCUCCAUCUUGUUAAUUGAUGCGUGUAGAAUAUUUUUUUAAUGAUACGUUAAAAAUAUUGUUUAAAAAUAUUGUUUUUUGAUCUCUCACCCGUGCUGGCUGGUUUUGACAGGAGCAUGUUGGUACAUUGGGUUGCUGUCUAUGCAGUUCGCGGGAAGAGGCCGAAAGGCACUUCCUGGCUGAGACACUUGGCAGUUCCUUCUCUGGCGCAAGAGGCUGCCCUCAACGCAAGCUUAAGUCAUCAAUUCUCAAUUAUUGCCUGGGGUCGCUUCCGAGGAAAAGCGAGCCAUGGGCACUUUAAAGUCCUUCUCGCAGAAGACGGGCUUCGGCUUCAUAGCCUGUCCAGAACUUCACGAGGUGUUUGGUGCUGACGUCUUUGUGCACGUCAAGCAGAUGGGGCCUUUCUCUUCGGUGUUGAUGCCGGGGACACCUGUGACGUUUGCUGUGGUUAUUGGCAAGGAAAACAAACCGCAAGCGUAUGAUGUGCAGCCCAUGGAUGGAUUGUUGGCAGAGAGCACCAUCCACAAUGUUAGUGAGAGCAUGGUCGACAUGAGUCAAAUGAGCCAAAUGGCAACCUUCCCUGGUGCCUUCACCGGGCUGGGAGGCUUCCAAGAUCCCUUCACAGGCUUCGGGCACACGGAAAUUCCGCCCAAGACGGCGCCUGCGGCGGCCAAGCGCAAGUGGGAGGAUGUCACAGCGGAACUGGGCCGCUUCCGCGGAGUGGUGAAGAGCUUUAACGGCGCCAAGGGCUUUGGGUUCAUCAUCAGUGAGGAGCUGCAAGCGCACGGCUACACGCAGGAUGUUUUUUUGAGCCAAGCGCACACGCCAGCGACUGCGCAGGCUGGCUCCAACGUGAGCUUCACGGCUUUCCUCAAUGAGAGGAGCCAACCCCAAGCGAAGAAUGUGGAGCUGAUUUGAUGGGGCUGAUAGACGCUGGCUGAAGCCAAGCUGGCGAAGUGAAUUGAAGCGCCUGCUUUCCUGGCCAAUGGAACGCGGAGGCCACUGCUUCCCAACAACGGAGCUCAGUAACGCCUUUUAGUAGUCUUUGCUUUUAUACGACAGUUGCCAGCUAACCAGACUGUGAUUGACCAUCACAGUAUGUGGUUCUGUGCUUGAUGUGCAAGGUUCCAGAACAUCUUGGGAUGUGUCAGGAAAGCCUGCUUCCUUCCCAAGAGUGAUAUGCCCAAAGUUUAUAGCCCUCUUUUGAGGAUGAAAGGUCCCAGACCUUUGUCACCUGCCACAAAGCUCAGUUGCUGAACACGCAACUCGUCGAAGUAGGCGAGGGUGUGAUUGGGUCCAGUCUGAAUGAUAACCGUG